ACAACAACGUUCAAACCUUAGAGUCAGACACCAAACCGAAGACACAAACACCCCACUGCAGCCCACCGUACGGAAGACAUUACCACCGCCACGACCAUCACCACCACCGCAAAGCACCAUCGGCACAACCACAGAUCUCAGCUUUUGAGGCAUAUUACUUUGGCUCAUGGAAAACUGUGGAGCGCUUACAAAUUAGGAAUGGGGUCAUAACCAUGCUUUUGUUUGAUUAUGGAGAUUUAAUUGAAGAAAAUGUUCCCAUUUCCAACCUGCGAAUAAGGUCAAGAAAAGCCACUUUGUCAGAUUGCACCUGCUUUCUAAGGCCUGGACUUGUUUUUUGUGUGCUAUCGACCCCUCAAGGUACUGAAGAUUCAAGUGAUGAUGAAAAUCAGGAUCCAGCUGAGGAAGCUGCUAUUGCUGCAUUGAAGAGAGCUCUUGGUGCUUUGAGCGUUCAUCUGGCUUCAAAUACUUACCUGGUUGGUCAUGCUGUAACCCUGACUGACAUUAUCAUGACAUGUAACUUGUUUCCGGGAUUCACUAAUGUCAUGACUAAGAGCUUUACUGCUGAGUUCCCUCAUGUUGAGAGAUACUAUUGGACCAUGGUUAACCAACCAAAUUUCAAAAAGGUGAUGGAGGUUGUACUCUUGAUCUACUGCCCCUAAGUAAGAUGAUACUGGAUGAGUGGAAGAGGCUGUACUCCAAUACCAAGACCAACUUCCGUGAAGUUGCAAUCAAAGCGGAUUGGAAUUGGGCCCUCACAAAAUGAUGGUGGGAACUGCUAUUAGUGGUAAGGCUUUAAGGUGUGGAUUGUGGGAUAGAUAUGUUAUCCAGGUUCUUAAUGAGGAAAGGAUAUCGGUGUUGUUUGUAUGGUUGUGGGUGUGCAUUUAUGGCUUUGAUUUUGACUCAAACGGUUGCUAUAUUUGAUUGGUUUACAUACUCCUCCCAGUGAAAAUUUUGACAUUGAAAAGCCUUUUGGUAGUUAAAAAUUUUGAGUUAAGAAAAUGAUUUCCGCUUGGACUCCAAUAUGACAACAAUGCAUUAAACCUAACCGGAAAAGGGCGUUAAGAGGGCAAAAAUGCCAAUCAGCUCCCAAACGACCGUACGGAUGUCACGGCCACCUUCCCAGUCACACAUAGGACUUGUGACAUCAGACGGAAUGUAAUUAGCACACGUAGUUUGGGACUUAGAGCCGAAAAUACAUUAAACUUAGUCGAAAAAGAGCAUUUUUGGGGGCGAAAAUUCACAACCACCCCCGAACCACCGUGUGGCUCACACGUACAGUUUUCCCAUGACAAAUAAGACUUAUGAGAACUGACGGAAUGUAAUUCGGACCUGUAAGUAGGGAGUUAGAGCCAAAUAUGCACUAAACUUGGUCGAAAAGGGUGUUUCGGGGGCGAAAAUUCAAAACAGUCCCCGAACCACCAUGUGACUCACACGGACAGUUGUCCCAUGACCAAUAGGACUGGUGAGAACUGACGAAAUGUAAUUCGGACCCGUAAGUAGGGAGUUAGAGCCGAAUACGCCCUAAACUUAGUCGAAAAAGGGCGUUUCAGGAGCGAAAAUUCAAAACAGUC